AUGGUUAUCAACCCCACACACCUCGCCCAGACAACCCGCGCGUCUGUUAACUGGCAGGAUGCGUCGAGGCGGGCCAUUCUCUCGUACAGAGCAUGGCAGCGAUCUGCGCCGGAAAUCGUAAAGACAUAUGCUCUCAAUGUCCCACUUUCUGCCGUGCGCGCGAAGAUCAGACAGGAGUUUGAGCGUCACAGAUAUGUGCAGCAGCUGCCGGUUGCGGACAUGCUGAUUACAAAGAGCAAUAUGGAGUACCAGGAGACGCUGAACUACUGGAAACAGAUCCCCCACAUCAUGAAGUACUUUAGAGUGGAGGAAGACCCCAAAGCCAGGGUCUCAUCGAACUUUAUGAACAACUUCUUGGAGGGCCGCAACUAG